UGGUAAAGCGGAACGUUGUUUUCCCUGUCUGUGGUUUUCCGGGGACAUCUGUUAGAGCCGACCAUGGCGAAUCUCGGCGGCAGUCGCGGGGAUCGUCUCGGCAAUUCUAACCAACUUAAAUCUUCUUUUGCAUCUCCGGAAAAAGUUCGUGAACUCCUCGGUGAAGGCGUAUCAUUGCCAGAGACUGGCCCCAACAGUGGACAAGGGGACUUAGGAGCUCUGGAAGUAAAGGCACCUUGUGAAGCAACAAACAAAGAGGCCUUUUUCUCAAGAGUGGAAUCCUAUUCUUGUUUGAGAUGGGCAGGCAAACCCCGCACGCUUUCUCCUCUGAUGUGUGCCAGAUAUGGUUGGAUCAAUGUCGGCUGUGACAUGCUGAAGUGCUCCAGCUGCCAGGCUUUCCUUUGUGCAUCCCUACAACCAACGUUAGACUUUAAGAAAUACGAAAGCCGCAUUGCAGAGAUAUUGAGACAACUACAGACUCAGCAUGAGAAGUUUUGUCCUUGGCCUGACUUUCCAUGUCCAGAGAGAUUCUGGCUUGUUCCAGCCUCUGAACCGUCAACACUGCUCGCUGCCUUUUUGGAACGUUUCCAGAGUGCCUGUCUCCUUGCUCAGCAGCUGCCAGCCAUGAGGCCAGAGCAGCUGAAGUCUAUGUCUUUGACAGAGGAUGUCAUCAGUAAUAUAUUGCAACUGAUUGAGGAAGAGCUAAAAAUAAAGGGAUGCAGUCCAUGCUCUGAACCUUUGUCUGUUCAGGUGGCUGCAUGUAUUGUUUCUCUUUGUGGUUGGGCAGCAAGUCCAGCCUUACGUGCCAUGAACCUGCCCAUCCUCACUUGCUCCUAUUGCAUGCGGAAGGUGGGUUUGUGGAACUUCCAUCAGAUGGAAGAAAUCGGAGGUGAGACGGAGAUGGUACCGAGCUCUGCAGGAGUUUCUGCUCAUGGAACGGGUUCUGUUUUAGCGGCAUGCAGUGACAGCCAGGCGGGCUCGGCCUCACCCACUCCUGCUGUAUCUCCAUGUCGCAUGAAGCUGAGGAGCCAGGACUCCACACGCUCCGACCAGGCUGAGGGCACCUCCUCCCCUGCGGCGUUGCGAGCGAAAAGCAGAGACUCCCCCAGCCCCAGUGAUGACUUGCUAAGUCCUCUGACGAGGGCCAAGAGGCCUGCAACUCGAACUCGAGGACAUGGAGAUAACCCGGGGGGUGAUGGCUCCACCAGCCUCCACCCUCCCAAACGUCUGUGCUUCUCUCCAGUUGGCGGUCCUGAUGGGCCUCUGCAUAAGGGCACGUUUGACCCUCUUUCUCAGCACAGGGACUGGUGUCCUUGGAUCUCUGCGGGAAAGGAGAACGUGGAUCCAGAUCCCGCCUCUGCUUUAGAUGGUGGAGUAGCAUUGAAUCAGCAGGGCUGGAAAGCAGCUCUUGACCUUUUUAUGCCUUCAAAGAACUCCAGCACACCGAAAGACAGUCCAGGGCAGAGUCCCCGUGACAAAUCCAAAAGAGUGUUUGCAAUAUUCCGGCAGUGGCAAGUAUCUUCCUCUUCACCUUCAGAGAGUGUUAAAAUAUAAACGACAUUGCCACACUGAACUGAUUAACUGAUCUCCGUUCUAUAUUUGGUACAUAAUUCAUCUGAGCAGUAACACGAGUCAUAUCUCCUAUGUCCUCACAUGAUGUUAUGUUUACAAAGUCACUCUUGAUAAAAAAAAAAAAAAAAUUAUGUCUCCUCUGUGAAUUCUGAACAAUGUGAAGGAUACCUGUCUGCUUUUGGAAUGUUCGGAUCUGCAAUGACAUGUCUUCAUCUCUAUAGAAUUGUAUUUUCCACUUGAUUAUUGGUACUUUGUUUUAAUAACAAAAUUGUCUGAAUUUCAAAGGAGGAAAAAAACAGAUGAGGGAUAAAGAAGAGCCACGUUGCUCUACACUGGAAAGGCAAUAUUUACCUCUAAUCUGUCUUCGGUUGGUUGUUUUUGAACAAAACUGACACAAAAUAUAAAGAAAAAGAACACCUGUAAAGCUUUUUGUGUGUAUAAUAUUUUCUUCAAGGUUACAUAGAUGCAAGUUUUCUUUUGUUGUUUUGUUUUUUUGGCAGGUAGAACCACAUGUCAUAAAUUGAAAAUAUGUUUGUAGGAUUUUGUGUGAAAUGCUCUCCAUAAACUUGUUUUUACCUUCCUGUCUGGGACUUUAUUUUAACUAAAAUAAAGAAAUGAAAUGUUGUUGUCCA